AUGUGCUUGCCAGUAGAAAGUCAGGCCCUACUUGAAUUUAAAAAGCAGCUUAAUGAUCCUUUGAAUUACUUAGAUUCAUGGAAAGAUUCAGAUUCUCCUUGCCAAUUUAAUGGCAUUACAUGUGAUGGAAAAACUGGAUUAGUCACUCAUAUUUCACUUAAUAACAAGUCUCUUUCUGGUGUAAUAUCCCCAUCACUUUCUGUACUUCAAAACCUCACUUCUUUAGUUCUACCUUCAAACCAUAUAUCGGGAAUUCUUCCGAAGGAACUGAGCAAAUGCACCAAUCUCAAGGUUUUGAAUGUAUCUGUUAACAAUAUGAAUGGCAGCCUUCCUGAUUUGUCCAAUUUGAUCAACUUGGAGAUUUUUGAUCUCUCGGAUAACUAUUUCUCCGGUGAAUUCCCAGCUUGGGUUGGAAAUUUGACUCGUUUGGUUUCAUUAGGCCUUGGGGACAAUGACUACGUCGAGGGAGAAAUUCCAGAUAGCCUAGGUAAUUUGAAAAGCUUGUACUGGCUUUACCUGGCUGGAUCAAACUUGCGGGGGGAAAUCCCGGAAUCUAUUUUUGAACUGGAGGCAUUGGGGACAUUGGAUAUUUGCAUGAAUAAGAUUACUGGAAACAUCCCAAAGUCCAUUGGCAAGCUAAAAAAAUUGUGGAAAAUUGAGCUUUAUCAGAACAAUUUGACAGGUGAAAUUCCACGAGAACUUGGAAAGCUCACUCUUUUACAAGAAAUUGAUAUAUCUGCAAACCAAAUGUACGGUGAAAUUCCUCAAGAAAUUGGCAAUCUGAAGAAAUUAACGGUGUUUCACUUAUUCAAGAACAAUUUCUCUGGAGAAAUCCCAUCAGCAUUUGGUGAUAUGCAGCAACUCAAUGCCUUUUCUAUAUACAUGAACAGUUUUUCUGGAGAACUGCCGCCCAAUCUUGGCCGCUUUUCCCCAUUAAACAGUGUUGACAUAUCUGAAAAUAAUUUUUCUGGUGGAUUCCCGAAAUAUUUGUGCCAGAACAAGAAUUUACAGAAAUUGCUCGCUUUGGAAAACAAGUUUUCCGGGAGCUUCCCAGAUACUUAUGCAGAAUGUUUUCCUUUGGAACGGUUGAGAAUCAGUCAGAACCAGCUGACUGGAAGUAUUCCUGAUGGCGUAUGGGAGCUUCCUAAUGUGAAUAUGAUGGAUUUCAGUCAUAAUGAUUUCACUGGCAGUGUAUCUCCGCGAAUUGGGGCUUCUCUGAAUUUGCAAGGGCUAGUGCUGUCAAACAAUAGAUUUUCAGGAGAUCUCCCAAAAGAACUUGGAAAACUCGUGCAAUUGGAACGGCUAUACUUGGAUAAUAACAACUUUUCUGGCAGAAUUCCGUUAGAGCUUGGUGCUCUAAAACAGAUAUCAUCUUUGCAUUUGGAAGGAAAUGCUCUAACUGGAUCGAUACCGGCCGAACUAGCAGAAUGUACUCGACUUGUGGAGUUAAAUCUCGCUUCAAAUUUUCUGACUGGUAGCAUUCCCAAUACUUUCUCAACAAUGGUCACUCUAAACUCUAUGAAUCUUUCAAGAAACAGACUCACAGGAUCAAUUCCAAAUAAAUUGGAUAAGUUGAAGCUGUCUUCAGUUGAUCUGUCAAAUAACCAGCUAUCGGGAAGUGUUCCUUCUGAUUUUCUGACAGUGGCAGGUGACAAGGCAUUUGUUGGAAACAAAGGACUUUGUGUCGAUGAAAGCAUCAAAAGAUCAAUGAACUCAGGGUUAGGUCUUUGCAAUGGAAAGAAAAGUCACAAAGACUUCGGCAAAAAAGAGCACCCGGAAGAAGAAAAGGGAAUACGUCCGAAAUGGAAGCUCAAGAGCUUCCACCACGUGGAAUUUGAUGUGAAUGAGAUAAGUGGUCUGGAUGAGGAUAAUUUGAUUGGCAGUGGAGGCACUGGAAAAGUUUAUCGCCUAGAUCUGAAGAAAGGUUGUGGUACAGUAGCUGUGAAGCAGCUAUGGAAGGGAAACAACGUGAAACUCUUCGCAGCUGAAAUGGAAAUUCUUGGAAAGAUUAGGCAUCGGAAUAUUUUAAAGCUAUAUGCUUGUCUAAUGAAAGGAGGUUCAAAUUUUUUGGUGUUCGAGUACAUGGAAAACGGAAACCUGUUUCAGGCCCUUCAUCGAGAAAUUAAGAUGGGAAGACCGGAACUUGACUGGUACCAGAGGUACAAAAUCGCAUUGGGUGCUGCUAAAGGAAUAGCCUACCUACACCAUGAUUGCUCCCCACCAAUUAUUCAUAGGGAUAUCAAAUCAACAAAUAUAUUACUAGGUGAGGAUUAUGAAGCCAAGAUUGCUGAUUUUGGUGUUGCAAAGAUUGCAGAAGUUUCUCCUAGAGCAUCUGAAUGCAGUUGUUUCGCAGGAACUCAUGGAUAUAUUGCUCCUGAGUUGGCAUAUUCCUUCAAGGUCACUGAAAAGAGUGACAUAUACAGUUUUGGAGUGGUUCUGUUGGAAUUAGUGACAGGUAGAAGGCCAAUCGAGGAGGUUUAUGGUGAAGGAAAGGAUAUCGUUUACUGGGUUUCGACUCAUUUAAAUGACCAAGACAACAUUGUUAAAGUUCUUGAUCCUAAGGUGGUUUCUGAUUUUGUCAAGGGAGAUAUGAUUAAGUUCUUGGAGAUUGCUGCACUAUGCACAACCAAACUUCCAAAUCUUCGACCGAAUAUGAAAGAAGUCGUCAAAAUGCUUAUUGAUGCAGAACCUCUCAUUAUAAGAUCUCCAAACGCCUGUUGA